GCAGUUUUCCUUCAGCUUUGGGUGGUGGCCGCUUCUGGGCUCCGGCUUCCCGUCCGCGGAGGGCUAGGCGGCGUGGACAGCGGCCCCGGCACCCCGCGCCCUGCCGUCCGCAGCCGCGCGCCCGCCCGUCCGCCGCGCCCCGAGUUCGCCGUUUCUCGCGUCAGCGCCCGGCCGCCGCCGCGGCCCAGCGAGCGGCCCAGAUGCAGGCCAUCAAGUGUGUGGUGGUGGGAGACGGAGCUGUAGGUAAAACUUGCCUACUGAUCAGUUACACAACCAAUGCAUUUCCUGGAGAGUACAUCCCCACUGUCUUUGACAACUACUCUGCCAAUGUUAUGGUAGAUGGAAAACCGGUGAAUCUGGGCUUAUGGGAUACAGCUGGACAAGAAGAUUAUGACCGAUUACGUCCCUUAUCCUAUCCGCAAACAGAUGUAUUCUUAAUUUGCUUUUCUCUUGUGAGUCCUGCAUCAUUUGAAAAUGUUCGAGCAAAGUGGUACCCCGAAGUGCGACACCAUUGUCCCAACACGCCCAUCAUCUUGGUGGGGACUAAACUUGAUCUCAGGGACGACAAAGACACGAUCGAGAAGCUGAAGGAAAAGAAGCUGACACCCAUCACCUACCCGCAGGGUCUAGCCAUGGCUAAGGAGAUAGGUGCGGUAAAAUACCUGGAGUGCUCGGCACUCACGCAGCGAGGCCUCAAGACAGUGUUUGAUGAAGCGAUCCGAGCAGUUCUCUGCCCCCCUCCCGUCAAGAAGAGGAAGAGAAAAUGCCUGCUGUUGUAAAUGUCCGGGCCCGCCCCCGCCCCGUCCCCCUCGGAACCUUUGUACGCUUUGCUCAAAAAUGGUGGAGCCUUCGCACUCGAUGCCAAGUUUUUGUUACAGAUUAGUUUUUCCAUAAAACCAUUUUGAACCAAUCAGUAAUUUUUAGGUUUUGUUUUAAGUGUAAGAUUUCAAACUUUCACAUUAUAUUAAAAUUUAGCCCUAAAAUGGCAAGCUUUCUUAAAGCCUUAUUUUUCAAAAGCCCGUUCUUGCUCAGAUUAAGAGUUGCCAAAAUACCUUGUGAACUAAGUUGCGUUGUUGUGCUGAGAACACUAAGCACUAAACCGUUCGAGAGCUGUGUCUUUCAGAAGAGCCGGCGGCUCAGGUUUGCCCCGCACACACUCCCACGCUCCUUUCUGGUAGGAAAGCAGCACAGCCUCCUCCCCCAGCUGCGCCGGGAGGCCAUCUAACCCCACGCCCUCCCCUAACACUGUACUGUACGUCCUCGUGGAAUGAGUGUAAUGGCUCAACACUUCGAACCAAUCUUUUUGAUUUUGUAGUGAGUUUUU